CGCGGGUGUGGGUGUGUGCGCGCGCGUGCCGGCUAAGAGGCUCCCUCUGGGCAAUCUUAGCCAACAGCCCUUCCCUGGUCUCCCGGAGGUCUCACCAGCUUCUCCGACACUGUCUGUGGUCACCCACUGGGAUCUGCGUCACCCUUUAAAGCUCACUCCCAAACCAGCCCCCGCGCGCCCUCUCCCUGUCACCGGCUCUGGCCCCUCGCCCUCUCUGGAGACGCGCGCUCCCGUUGGCUCCGGACCUGGUACUCGAAACUAUUGUGCAGAGGGGUUAGCGUGGCGAGGGGUAGAGGGUGAGGGGGUGGAGAAGAAUAAUAACGGCCCUUCUAGUUCCCGCAGGAAGCGGGACCCUAGCACUCAGGGACCCGCAGGGUCCCCGCGUCCCGCGGAGUGCGCUGUGAUUGGAGGAAGAGCGGGCGGCCGCCCAGUUGGGCAGGUGCGGAUCUUCUGCCUGCGUGUCCGCCAGGCGCGCGUAGCUGGGAGCACAGAGUCCCUGGUCGCCCUUGGACUCCCCCCGCCCCGACCCCCCAUGCCAAGUGCGCAUCCUUUUGGAUGCAAACGCCACGGUUUCAGGUGCUUGAUGCCGCUGGCAGGGUAGCGAGGCCCUAGGUGAGUGUGUGUGCGCCUGGCUCGGGGCUGGGGAGGACGCCGGGGCAGACGCGCGCCCUCGCCGCGCAGCGCGGGGAGCCGGACAGAAUUGUGAGCAGAGAGAGACAGAUCUCGGGGGAAGGGGGGUUCCGUGCGGAGUUUGUCGCGGCGUUCCCAAGUUACUGCUCGCUGUGGGGAGACCUGCUUUUGCCUGGCAGGACAGGCGUCAGGACGGAGCUCUCGCGGGCUCGGCCGUUAAAGCAAUGUUGACAGACACCAGGUGCGACGCGAGGGAAGUAGUCGGGGUGAGAGCGCAUCUCAGCCCACUCCAGAUGCAGAGGUAAACAGUCGCCAUCUGCACGGCUGUCCUCAAAGCUGUACCCAGCGGACCCCUCCCUGGACCUUGGACUGAUGCGGUCACAACUCCGAGCCGACUGUCCCUUCGGAUUCUUCUGAGGUCUGAGGCCGGAAGGAGGUGUGUGCCUGUGUAAGCCGGAGUCCUUUGAACCGUCCGCACCAGACCUCUUUGGCCUUGUGUGAAUGUGGUGCUCACUUAGGGUUGCUUCCCCCCUCCCCCAGCAAUUAGUAUUCCGCUGAUCAGGUGCACCGGCAGCGCUCGCCUCUGCUCCGCCCGUUUGUGUCUUAGGUGCGAGCUGGGAAAAGGGCGCGUUGCUUCACUGGAAUGCAUGCUGGACUUCUUCGUGGGUUCACUUGGCACAAGGCUAGUUGCUGUUACUCAGCCUUCCAGCAUGGAUUAAUACAAAAGGACCUUUGCUCUGAAUUCCACCACGUUUUAGACCGUUAACCCUUCGGAUUUCUUACUUGUCAUAGUUGAGCCAGUGUGGAUGAGCUAGGAUAACCUUGGCUCCUCGAUCCUCCUGCCUCAGCCUGCAAGGGGCUGGCAUCACAGUGAACACCUCAAUCCAUCCAUAGCUAUGGUUUGAAGACUUCUGUGGUUAUCUGCUAGUGUGCAGCGUCUGAACAGAUACCUAUUACACCAUUUCUUGGCAACGGCUCUUCAGCCCUGGUGACCUCUUCCAGUCCAACACUCUACAAAUUAUUAUCUCUGGAUUCCCAGCUGACACACUGCCGGAGGCAAGAGCUACUACGAAGCCAACUAGAACUGUGCCUUUUCUCUUGUCAAGGUUUUUUUCUUACACAGGAAAAAGGAAGAAAAAAAAAGAUGAAGCUGGGAAGAGUGGAGCUGUGUCAUUUUCUACAGCUUAUAGCUCUCUUCCUGUGCUUCUCUGGGACGAGUCAAGCGGAGCUGCCAAGGUCCCGAUCCCAGCCCUAUUUCCAGUCGGGGAGGUCCCGGACCAAACGCAGCUGGGUUUGGAAUCAGUUCUUCGUACUGGAAGAAUACAUGGGUUCAGAUCCUCUCUACGUAGGCAAGCUUCACUCUGAUGUUGAUAAAGGAGAUGGUUCCAUCAAAUACAUCUUGUCAGGCGAAGGGGCAAGUUCCAUUUUCAUUAUUGAUGAGAACACUGGGGAUAUUCAUGCCACCAAGAGACUGGACCGGGAGGAGCAGGCCUAUUAUACACUCAGAGCCCAAGCUCUGGACAGACUCACCAACAAGCCUGUGGAGCCUGAAUCAGAAUUUGUUAUCAAAAUUCAGGAUAUCAAUGACAACGAACCCAAAUUUCUGGAUGGCCCAUACACAGCAGGAGUUCCUGAAAUGUCUCCUGUGGGCACUUCAGUGGUACAAGUGACGGCGACAGAUGCUGAUGAUCCUACCUAUGGCAACAGUGCCCGGGUGGUCUACAGCAUUCUGCAAGGGCAGCCAUACUUUUCCGUGGAACCAAAGACAGGGAUCAUCAAGACUGCCCUUCCAAACAUGGAUAGAGAGGCUAAAGACCAGUAUUUGCUUGUCAUUCAGGCAAAGGAUAUGGUUGGUCAAAACGGUGGCCUGUCUGGAACCACUUCAGUUACUGUGACCCUAACUGAUGUCAAUGAUAACCCACCUCGCUUUCCAAGAAGAUCUUACCAGUAUAAUGUUCCAGAAUCUUUGCCUGUGACGUCAGUUGUGGCUAGAAUAAAAGCUGCAGAUGCAGAUAUAGGAGUUAAUGCAGAAAUGGAGUACAAAAUAGUUGAUGGUGAUGGACUGGGAAUUUUCAUGAUAGAUGCUGACAAAGAUACACAGGAAGGAAUCAUUACAAUACAAAAGGAACUCGAUUUUGAAGCCAAAACAAGCUAUACUCUGCGCAUAGAAGCUGCCAAUCGAGAUGCUGAUCCCCGAUUUCUAAGCUUGGGUCCAUUCAGUGACACAACAACCGUGAAGAUAAUUGUGGAAGAUGUGGAUGAACCCCCUGUGUUCUCCUCACCCUUGUACCCCAUGGAGGUGUCUGAAGCUACCCAGGUGGGGCAUAUCAUUGGCACUGUAGCAGCUCAUGACCCAGAUUCUUCCAACAGCCCUGUGAGAUAUUCAAUUGACAGAAACACAGACUUGGAGAGAUAUUUCAAUAUUGAUGCCAACAGUGGAGUUAUUACUACGGCCAAAUCAUUGGAUCGAGAGACAAAUGCCAUUCAUAACAUUACAGUCCUUGCCAUGGAGAGCCAGAAUCCAUCCCAGGUGGGAAGAGGCUAUGUGGCUAUCACUAUACUGGAUAUUAAUGACAAUGCGCCUGAGUUUGCCAUGGACUAUGAAACCACUGUUUGUGAAAAUGCUCAGCCAGGGCAGGUUAUCCAAAAAAUAAGUGCUGUAGAUAAAGAUGAGCCAUCGAAUGGACACCAGUUUUACUUCAGCUUAACAACAGAUACAACAAAUAACCACAACUUUUCAUUGAAAGAUAACAAAGACAACACAGCCUCAAUAUUCACCAGGAGAAAUGGCUUCCGCAGACAGGAGCAGUCGGUUUACUACCUGCCAAUUUUCAUUGUGGACAGUGGAUCUCCUUCCCUGAGCAGUACCAACACACUGACCAUCCGAGUCUGUGACUGUGAUGCUGAUGGCAUAGCGCAGACCUGCAAUGCGGAGGCUUACAUUCUACCUGCUGGCCUCAGCACAGGAGCCCUGAUAGCAAUACUGGCCUGCGUCCUGACACUAUUGGUGCUGAUCCUCCUCAUUGUCACCAUGAGAAGACGGAAAAAAGAGCCUCUCAUCUUUGACGAGGAGAGGGACAUCAGAGAGAACAUCGUCAGGUACGACGACGAAGGCGGCGGAGAGGAAGACACGGAAGCCUUUGACAUGGCCGCGCUCAGAAACCUCAAUGUCAUGAGAGACAACAAAACCCGGAGAGAUGUGACUCCUGAAAUUCAGUUCUUGAGUCGACCGACUUUUAAAACCAUUCCAGAUAAUGUCAUUUUUAGGGAAUUUAUUUGGGAAAGACUGAAGGAGGCUGAUGUGGAUCCAGGCGCCCCACCGUAUGACUCCCUGCAGACUUACGCAUUUGAAGGAAAUGGCUCAGUAGCCGAAUCUCUGAGUUCUUUAGAUUCCAUCAGCUCAAACUCUGACCAGAAUUAUGACUAUCUAAGUGACUGGGGUCCCCGUUUUAAACGACUGGCUGACAUGUACGGAAAUGGCCACGAGAGUUCGUACUCAUAGCCUUGGACCCUUAAUUUGAAACGUACUGGAGAAUAAGGCAGCAGAAUUUUUUUUUUUUUUUUUUUUUUUUCCGAAAGGGAAAGAAAAGGGGGAAAUACUACAUAAGGCAAAGAACUCCACUUGUGGGACAAAAGAGGUUGUAAAUAUGUCUCCAUUUUUAACUGUUAAGGCUUCUGCCUUGGUGAAACAUUCACUAGAUUAUCCAAGGGAUUUCGCUGACCACAGACUCUGAGCGUUUGCAGUUGUGAUUUUUGUUUGUUUUCGUUGGUUUGUUUUUGAUAAAGAGAAAUGCUUAGUGGUUUGUGAAUAGAUAGCAACUUUCAUAUACCUGCAAAGGCACCUAGCCUGCCUGAUCAAGUAAUGUCCAGUGUUGUCAGUGAGCUAAGGACGUCCUGUACCCUCAGCGAGAAGAUUAGGUAAGGUGUGCCAUUGAAAAAUCAGAGAACUUCUUGACUAGUAAAAGUGGGGACAAUAUUAUUUCUCCUGAAGCUUUUAGGCUUGCUAUAUUAUAGAGUUCAAAACAAUUUUAUUGCUGUUGGUGCACAGAAAUAUUUUAUUUAGCAAUAUAUAAAUUCUCAUAAUAAUUUCCCUAAGUGAAACACUUUAAUAAAGACCAAUAAAAUUUAACAUGAGGCAACAUAAAUCAUUGUUGUACCAAUAAAUUAUAUGAAAUGUUCCCAGAAAGGUAAAGAAUCCUCCAAGUGUGAAGCAGUUUUGAAAUGCUCCUGUAGGCCUGACUUAAAACAGUAGUUGCUGUCUGUUCGUUAAAUUUUCUUAUCUCUUCUGAUUUGUACAGGAGAAUAUUUGUUGUUUGAAACAUAGUGUUGUGUUGAUUUUGGAGCUCCAUUCUCUCUCAGUUCAGGUCUGUCUUACUGCUUCAUGGUAUUAAGCUCAUAUACACAUACUGCCUUUUCUGCAGCUUGGACUACAGGUAGGACAGGAAGAACGGAAAACAACAGAGCAGCAAUUGAGUACCAUCGCCAAUCACAUCUCAAAGAGGAGCAUGUCCAUGCCUCCGAGGACAUAUAAAUUGUACUUCUCAGCCACUAGAGUGUACAAAACUGUUGGAAUAAAAUAUUUGUGUUUCAGUAUGACUUUACAGAGAGUUGAGAUUUUUCUUUGAUUUAGGAAUUAUUUUCCAAAACCAUGAGUUCUAUAUUCUCCAAAGACUUUCAAGGACAUGUUCCCUAGACUUCUUUUUUCCUAUAGGCAUGUUGAGUGAAAGGUUGAAAUUUUAAAUAUAUUUUAAGAAAAGUAUAAUGUUAUACAUUUCAAUCCAUUGUGUCUGCCAAGCACUGAAUGAUGCAUUAUUUCUCCAGUGGUUGGGAUGUGCCAAAGUGAGGAGAGCAAUUUCAAGUAAAAAUAUCUGUUUCAGAUUAAGAUGGGUGUCUCAGAAUAAGAUGAAUUUUUUUAAACAAAAUGAUAUUUCUACUUAUUUUUCCUAGAUUAAUACAGUUUAUUGUGCAUAUAAUCAAUGAACAAUGAAUUUAUUUAUUUUUCCUUACUUUCUGUUUUUUUUUUCAAAAUAAUUGUUGGUUCUGAGUAAACCUAUAGCUAGUGAACACUGUGUAUGAAUUGCACUCUAAGCAUCCUCCCUCUGAGGAGCAGAGAUUGGAACUAUACUAUUAUGUUAAGUGAGGAGAAUCUGUGUAGGAUGCUGUAACUUGCAGUCCAUAAUUAGAAAUGGAGUAUGUGAAAGUGGCCUUCAGUUUCAUAAUAUCAAUAAUUCAAUAAAUUUGAUUAUCACAAACACUCCUUAUAAGUUAUUUUGAUGCUGUUCCAUGACAAAAUUGUGCUGCAUUUCUAGCUAUACUCACGGACAUAUGCAUAAAAUUUUACAACAGAGUAAAAUAUUUUGUUUAUAACUCUUAGACACGCAUGCAAGUUUUUAAAAUCAAAAACAAACACCGUACCUACCUAAUAAAAUCAGAUUGUGGUGCAGGGUUUAUAUAAAUGCUGAAUCUGCAAAGUGCUGAGAAAACAGUGUCUAACUGGCCUCCUGUUGUCUGGAUGAAAAUGAAAUGCUGCAAUGAAUAGUGUGUCAAAACUGCUGAUUUUCAUGCAUAUCAUGAAAUGAUGGUGUGGUUGAUUUUUCACAAAUGGAAUCUCUUAUUGUGACCCAGACUUUCUCACCUUGAAAUAUGAAUUUUUGAAAUGUGAAAAAAAGUGUGGAUUUUCCUUUUGCUAACCAUAGCUUGAGAAAACAAUGGUUCUAUUUUAAUUACUGGUUUGAAAUUUGUUGUGUCUAUUACAAUGUUGAUGCAGUUCUGUGGUAGUUUUGAAAUUGCUGAAGAUAUAUGGACAAUAGUCCUUACCAUCAGUAGAAUUUAUGUAACACACUCCAAACUUAACAGCAAUAGGAGGUAAAAUUGUUAUUAUUUAUUACUUUGGCUUUAUUUUAAUUUCUGAGUUCUAAUGAUACAUCUGACAUAAUGUUUCAGAGUAAGAGACUGUAUCAGGUGACUAAAGAGAUGAAUUAUUACAUAAAUUUAGGUAUUUCCCAAGGUGUACUUAAAUACAUAUAUUUAUUAUUUUAUGAUUUAAAUUUGUCAUUGUACUUUAAACAGGCAGAAGUAGCUCAAGAAUAAGUAUGUAUCUUAUUGUUAAAAUUCAGUUAUGUUGAUAUGACUUAUAUAUGAGUUUGAUCUUAGUAUAUUAUGAACUCUUAAACAAUUUAGAUAAUAGCAGAAGUCACUUCUUCAUAUUAUGGGCUAAAAACAUUUUAUCAGCUGUCCACUUAUACUUUUCCUUUUGUUUCCUUCUGAUUUUUGAGGCACAAGGUUGCCUCACGCUCAUAGCAAUCUUCUUUCCCAAAUAUCUGGUCUAUGUGAAUUAAAUUUUUAUGUAAACAUUCUUGCCUUCCACAUCCUGAUCGAUUUCAUCAAGCCUUGUGUCAUUAUUAUAGAUAUUAUUAUGAAUGUAGCAUCAAAUAUUGAUCUUAAAAGAUGUUGUGUUAAAUUCUACUCCUAAUCAAAGAUACACCCCUUUUAAGUAAGAGUGAAAAAGAGGGACCAAAUACUUCAUUGUAAAAAUCAGUGUCUUAACAACAUUUGGUUCAGAACUCUGGGGAAGAAUCCCUAACAUUUAAAUAUUUCUCAUUUGUACAACACAGCAAUUCGUUAUGUGCAAAGAAAUGUUCAUUUUGAACAGUUUCAUUUCUUUGAAACCUAAUUGGGGUUAAUUUAUUACUGUGUAUGUCGAAGAAAUACAGCCAAGCACCUUUUCUGAAUUAUUAUUUUUGGGUAAUUAUAGAUCGUCAUAAAAGUAUAAACCAUACCAGACAAUACACCAUUGUCAACUACAAACCAAAAUGAAAAAUGAGAUCAAGAAACAGAGUUGACACGUGGAGGCAAGCAGCAGAUCAGUGCACCUGCGAUUACUCAGUGGACCAGGCCACCCGCUUCUAUGACAUAACCCUCUGCUGGGACAGACUGCCGUUGAGGAUCAACGCAUAAGUGCGCAGGGUAUAAGAUCAUUUUCAUUUACCUUAUCUCUAAGCAUGUCCAACCCGUGCUUCUCUUGGUAGUGAGCAGGCGUAGAUAACUGUUCUUUAUCAACAGAAGAGUCCUACAGGUAUAGGUAUAGGCAAUACCCAUAACAUGAUCCACAAGCAGAAGUGGAAAUCACAGGAGAGGGUUAGCGUUUCUCUUCAAAUGUUGCCCUGAAAGGACCUGAAAUAAGCUAAGUUAAAUAUAUGGUAAGAGGAAAAGCUGUCUAGUUUUAACAUUUUAAACUCUCUAAGCACUAGAAAGACAUAUAGUAAUCAUUACAUUUUCAAUUUUAACUUGUUAUCCUUUGACUUAAACAUUGUUUAAUUUUUUUUUAUUAAAUAACCAUUUACAUGUUUAUUUACAGUUAAUCUAAUUUAAUUAUAGGUGAUUAAAUCUUCAUCAUAGCUUUUUCAGGUAAGAGAUUAACUGAAGACAAGUAAAAGACAUGAUAAUUAAUACAUGUGUUCAUCUACAUUAUUUUAGUCUACAUUUAUUUUUAUCUUAAAUUGGCAGUCUUAAUUACUCGUAAUAAAGAGUGUACAUAUAUACAAGUGGCAUAUAAAACUUUGUCAAAGAAAGUUAAUGCAGCCAUGUGUCAUAACCAAAUAUAAUUGAUCAAAAUUGAUACUGAAAUUUCAGUUCAUUGCAUAUAAUAAAGAAUUAAAGGGGUUUAUAGCUCAUGUAUUUAUAAUUUAAUUACAUUAAAUGCAAAGAAAUGUGAUAAGCCCCUAAGAGCAUGAGAAAUAUCUGAGGUUGUAAUUAGAAAAAAAAAACAGAAAAUUCCUCAGUAUAAAUUUUAAGCAGAAAUCAAUGUGUGUGAUAGUCUGACACAUUUAAAUUGCAAUGCUGAUUUCUCUGAGCUCAGUUUACCUGAAAAUUCCACUCAUCUGAGUAUGCAUACAUGUGGAAGAUUGGAAGCAUUGAGAAGUUUGUCUGAAGCAACUUCAAACAAAUUAGCACAGUGUCAGGUGACUAAUUUGUACAUCAUUCCUCUAGUCAAAUUUAAGUAUACAUUAAAAAAAAUUAUAUUCAUUGAAAGAUCUUACUGGCUAAAGGAAAAACACUCACAUGAACAAUAUAUAAUUGUCAUGUCACACUGUUAUGAUGUGAUCUCAUUUUUAAUAUAGUAUAUGAAAUGUGAAUUAAUUUUUGUGAUAUGUUAUCAGACUUGUCUUUUUGAAUAUCAUUCAUUCUUGUCAAUAUACCUAUACCACAAAACUAUCUUAAUUAAUGUUUUUACAAUUUAUUAAUUUUAUAUCUCAAUUGUAGCUCCCUCCCUCAUCUACCACCAAGCCCACCCUCCCUCCUUCUUUCCCCUUUUCCCCUAUCCCCUUCCUCUAAGCCACUGAAAGGGGGAGUUCUCCUGCCUUGCCAUCUGACCUUAGUUUAUCAAGUCUCAUCAAGUCUGCAUGAAUUCUCUUAAUAUAUAUGUAUAUAUAUGUAUAUAUAUGUAUAUAUAUAUACACCAACAUAGAGGAUUCUUAAAACAGUGAUACUCGGAAAUCAGUUGGUUGUCAGGCACAAAGAGGAGGAAAAAAAAAAGAUAUUCUAGAAAGUUCACUAAUUUUACCAUAAACACACACACACACACACACACACACACACACACACACACUUAGGCACAUAAACACACAUUUGUAGAAAAUGUACCUAAAUGCCUUCAAAUUUGCAUACAUAUAUAGUUUUAAAUUGUAUGAAACAUAUAUGUGACUUAAAAUUUUGUGUUUAUAAGAACACAUUGAUAUAUAUGUUGAACAUGUACACACAUUUAUACAAGUUUGGGUUAAAGAUUAAUUUAAAAAGCGGCCUUUACUAUUUGCCUUCCUUUGUCAAUUAAUUAUACCCAACAGAUCCAACCUCUAGGAUGUUAUGCGAACACAUUUGAAAGUACCCCCACGCUGCUGAAGCUUCUCGCUGCCACAGACUGCAAAAUUCUCAAAAUGUAGAGAAAUGAGCACUUCAGAUGGGUAAAAUAUUGCAGCAUAUCUUCCAUUAAAGUUACUACUUCGUAUUAGUGUGAUUCUAGUGUAACUAUCUUAAAAAUAAAUGAAAUCUCUUUUGAAGCCUCUUUUUGUUUGCUUGAGAGCCACUUAGAUAUGAUAGAGUGCAGAAAUUCUAACUCGACUGACUCCAAACUCAAUCCUGGAAAUUCAGUUACGUUCGCCCUAGAAGGUGAGACUGGAAUACAAAGCUAGGGGUUGAGUGCAUGGCAGAGCCUCAACGGAUAUUGAGUGUAGAUGUAGGAACAAUCAGGGUGCACUAGACAAACCACAGUGAUAUAGACUUGUAUAUAAAUUGUACAGUGAAUAAAUGAUUCAUGAGUAAAAAAAAGAAGUGGAAGCACUAUGGGAACUCAGAUUGUUUCACAGUUUUGUUUUUCUUUUUAUUUUUAUGUGUGCUUUGUUGUAUUAAAACUAACUGAAAACUUAUCCAAGAAUGAUGGUAUGUAUUGUAGCCCCAAUCAUAAGGAUACUGGGAUAGGAAGAUUGCAAUUUUGAGGUCAUCCUGGGCUGUAGCAAGACCAUAUCUCAUAGAAGAGAAGAAAAGUAAAUAAAUGAGGAAAAACUGACAGAAAAUAAAAUACUGUGGAAAUAAAUAUUUUUCCAAUACUACUUCUUCUGUCAUCUACUACAAUUUAUUCUGCCUCACAACUUGUUUCAGUGGGUAUUGUUGUUAUUAAACUCUAAUAUUUCUUUAUACACAACUGAUUUUGUAUGAAGUUAUCAUAAUAAAUUUUUUCUAUGUACAUGCAAUUUUAAGCUCCUAACAAGUCCUCAUGCAAUGUGUGAAAUCAUUUUUUUAUAAACAAAAUUGCCAGAGAAUUGAGGAUUCUCUAUUUCUGCAGAAAAGGCAUUCAUCUUUUAAU